AUGGCGAGUGUUGCGAGUCGGAAUUUGUUCGACAUACUUGUCGAUAAUGAGGAUAUUGAUCCAAUUGUACCAGAAAAAGAAUCCUCAAAAAAGGAACCUGCAGCAACGGUAGUUGUCCAGAAGAAAGUUGAUAGGUCUCGAGCAAGUCCUAAAGAGGCCAGAAUUAGACACGAAUAUCCUCAACGUGGAGGCUUUAAAUCCGCUCCUACCAACAAUAGGAACGAGGACACGAGAUCAGGUGCGGCACCUCGUGAUCGCAAUGUUGGUCCUCGUCUUUCUGGUCGUCGCGAAGAAGGUGAUUACCCUAAUAGAAUGUCACGCGGUGCCAGAGCUAGCGAACGAGGUCGUGGAGGUCGUGGAGGAAGCCGCCGUGGACGAGAAUACGACCGUCAUAGUGGCACUGGUAAAUAUGACAGUGACAAAAAAGAAAAUCAGAGUUGGGGUAACGCUACCACUUCAUGGGAAAAUAAUGAAACAACAGAAAACAAUUGGAGUGGAGAAACAAAGGAAAACGAUGCGCCGGCUUCUUCUAGCCGGAAAAAUGAGAGUGAAAAACCUGGUCCAAAUGAAAACGGCUGGGAUGGUGCUAACGGUCAAAAUGCACAUGAGUCUAAUGCUAAAGAAGGUGGAUCAAAUUGGGAUGCACCCGUAGAGGCUACCGAAAAUUGGGAAUCAGGUGUAAAUGAGAAUGAAAAUUCUACAGCUGAAGAUAAAGCCGAAUUUAAGAAUCGGGAAGUGAAAGAAGAAACUGCUGAAGAUGGUGAAGCAACUGCUGCUGUUGUUGAAAAGACUUUUGAUGAGUACCUUGCUGAAAAAGCUCAAAAGGUACUUGACCUUUCUCUACCUGAAGCUAGGAAACCGAAUGAAGGUGUAGAUGAUUCUCAAUGGAAAGAUGCGGUUCCUUUGGAAAAAGAUGACGAAGAUGUCCUUUUCGCUGGCAAGGAGCAAGCGUAUAGACUCAAGUCCAAGAAGUCAAAAGCAAAAAAUUAUCUUGAAAUUGAACCAACUUAUGAUAGACCAGGAGCUAACUUUCCACGUGGACGUGGUCGAGGACGUGGUGGAGGAGCCCGUGGAGGAAGAGAAAGACGUGACAAUCGUGACGGGCGUGAACGUGAUAGGCGUGAUAAUUAUCGUGACAACUACGAUAAUGAGAAUCGUGAUAAUCGUCGUCGUGUAGGAGGUCGUGGUAUCAACCUUGACGAUCAAAGUGCUUUUCCAAGUCUUGUAAAUAAGCAUUGGAACAGAGCAGCAAGGACUGACGAAAUAUCCAAAAAGAUAGAUGCGUUUUUUGCACCCUCACAUUUCUUCAAUAAAUAUACAACGCUCGAAUUCUUUCUUGGUACUAGCAAUGAAGACGAGCGUCGUCACUUGUUGCUUUCUGAGAACUCUGUGAGAAUUAUUCGUUCAGGGUUGGAGUCAUAUACGUCCACUUCCUUUUCGUCUAUGCCCACCUCACAUUAUUCAUAUUCAGAUGUUGUACGCGUAUCCAUUAAUGCACCAUCUAUGUAUAAUAAAGUUACCAAAGAUAUACAAAAAUAUAACAAAAAAGUUCGUACAGCAGUCAAACUUCGUGGGAUGAAAAAUAUGUGGGAGAAAGCACGAAAUAUGAUUCAAGAAAAAAAAUAUUUAUUUGUGGCUGUUGAUGUUGAAAGUUAUGAACGAGAUCAUUCUUGUAUCUUGGAGGUUGGAUGGAGUAUGUACGAUUCUAAGAAAGAUUUAAUCAUGGAUCGGCAUUUCUGUGUGACUGAUUAUAGACAUCUGAGAAAUGGACAAUUCGUUCCAGACAUGAAGGAUCGAUUCACCUUUGGAACCACAGUAUGGGCAAACCAGAAAACGAUCAAAGAUGAAUUCAUGAAAGAUUUGGAAAAACAAAGAGGAAAUGUAGUUCUUUUAGGACAUGAUAUCAAGACGGAUGUAAAGUAUAUAGAGAGCAUGGGAAUGGAUGUUUCUAGUGUGAUAGAAAGGUUCGAUACCGCUGACAUGAAUGCCGCAAGGGUUGGGAAACCGAAUGAACGAAUUAAUCUUGGAAGAUUGUUAGAUGAACUGGAUAUUGAAAAUUACAGCUUGCAUAACGCUGGAAAUGAUGCACAUUAUACGUUACGCCUAUUUCUUGAACUUUGCAAGCUCCCACCUGCACCGCCAGAAGAGCCCAAUGCCUCUCAACCUGUUAGUGACGAUGAUUGGAUCUAA